AUGACUGUCACGAAAGAGACACAUACACCCAACGAAGCUUUCGUGCUGCAUCCAGGGGGUAAAUUCACCUUCGAAGAACGCAGCAAGCCAACGAUACAGUCUCCCCGGGAUGUCAUUGUCCAAGUGAUGGCGACAGGCCUCUGCGGCUCAGAUGUUCACUACUGGCAACACGGCCGGAUAGGUCGAUAUGUCGUCGAAAAACCCAUAACUUUAGGGCAUGAGUCGACAGGAAUCGUGGUUGAAAGCGGAAGCAGUGUGGAGGGCCUCACAGUCGGUGAUCGCGUCGCUCUGGAGCCGGGUAUCGCCUGCAACACCUGCAACCAUUGUCGCAACGGACGCUACAACCUCUGCAAGGACAUGCGCUUCGCCGCAACACCCCCAUACAACGGAACGCUUGCCAGAUACUAUCGGGUCCCUGCAGAGUGUUGCUUCAAGCUUCCAUCUCACAUCUCCCUACGGGACGGCACACUCAUUGAGCCUCUCAGUGUCGCUGUGCACAGCUCCCGGCUGGCAGGCAACAUGCAGGAGAAGUCAGUGAUUGUGUUCGGAGCUGGCCCAGUUGGCUUGCUCUGCUGUGCUGUCGCACGAGCAUUCGGUGCUUCAAAAGUAAUUGCGGUGGACGUUGUUCCGGCUCGAUUGGCAUCUGCGUCUAAUUAUGGCGCUACACAUACAUAUCAAAUGACCUCUGGCACACCAGAUGAGAAUGCAGCAGAUCUACUGGCUGCCGCGGGAUUGGGCUUGGGUGCCGACAUCGCUUUGGAUGCGACUGGCGCAGAGCCUUGCUUGAAUUGUGGUAUCCUCGCUCUUGCGCAGGGCGGGACAUUCGUCCAGGUUGGGCUAGGAAAGCCAAAUCUUUCUCUUCCGGUCGGCCAGAUUUGUGACAAAGAAGUUGUCUUCAAGGGGAGCUUCCGGUAUGGACCUGGAGACUUCCAAUUGGCAAUUGGAUUGCUCGACUCGCGUCGGGUCAGACUGGAUGGUCUGGUCACCCACGAGUUCGAGUUCGCUCAGGCAGAAAAGGCAUUUGAGAAUGUUGCCGGUCGCGCUGGAAUCAAAAGUGUGAUAUAUGGACCGGGCGUUGACGAGAAGGCAGCAAACGUAGCAUCAGAGUAUUGA